AAAUUCAUUGAAACCAUUGGCUAUCUAGCUAAAAUAAAUUGCUAGCUUGAUAACGUUGGAUCAUUGUUAAAGUUAACUCGCACCAAGUUGUCACCCAUCUGCUCCAUUUAUGUAACUAAUGUUAGCUAGCUAGAGUCUAUAAACAGUUAACAGUAAGGGUCUGUUUCUGUGUCAUGAAAGUCAAAGCCUGCUAGCUACAUAAAGCACAACAUAAAGCAAAACAGGCGUUUAGCUAGCUAGCUAAAGCCUAGCUAAUGUUGUGUUAGUAGACCAUCAACAUGGCUAGGUAACUUCGAUAGAUCUCUGGUUGUCAUUGCAAACGAGCUGUAGUGGUGGUCAAUUAGCCUGCUAAUGGUAGCAAUCUGGUCUCGAGCUCUCUGGCGCCUAACUAAGAAUUUAACUCAUAUUGUAAAACGUCUUCUCUUUUCAGCAAUAUAUAUUGCUAUCUGGCGCCUAGAGAAGGCAGUUGGCUGUGUCUAACUUUAGGAUCAUCAACGUAUGUUGCCUGCAAGGUUAUCUGUUUUGAAUACAUAGCUAACGUUAGCUAGUUACAUUAUUGCAUGCGCAAAUUGACAAAUCAGGUACUUUGUGUUUGGUAACACAUUUUUUUACAUUUUUAUUAACAAUAGUUUCAAUUCACUUAGGCCAAUCAUCACAUAUUAAAACAUACAUCAAUUAUUGGUAUACACAACCAGUUUUGGAUUCACCUGAUGUUUGUAUGGCCUACCUAUUAAACAAAGAAAAUACCUCUUUUAUGGUAAUGAGUAUUGACACUGGGUUAAGCUUAGGCCCACCCUUUGUAUUCAGUUGAAGGCCUCUCAUUCUAACAUAACCCUCCUGGUCUUUUCACCGGAUGUCAUUCUUCUGUCCUGUGUCAGUGUGUCUCCUAUGUCAGCAGUGUGUUGGCUUAGGCUAGGUCAGUCUGCUAUGCCCCCCUGCAAGAGAGGAGACAGACAGUGAGUGUGGUGGCCCGCUGCGUUGUUGGACUGUGUGGGUUAAUGAUUGAGUGCUUCCAGCAGGGACUAACCUCAGCUGCCACACAGGGACUAGCCUAACCACACAGGCAGGCAUUGACCACCGUUGAAGUCUGCCAUCACUGUUAAUUUAUUCCUAUAACCAUGGCUGACAGCAACACCAUCAGGCUCCGAGUCUUCUCCCUCAACUGCUGGGGUAUCCGUUACCUCAGCAAGCACUGUCGGGAGCGCUACGCCAUGAUCGGAGAGCUUUUGAGCAGAGAGGAGCACGAUAUUGUCCUGCUGCAAGAGGUCUGGAGUGAAAAAGACUUCCUCUGCUUGAAAAGGAAACUUUCCUCUACCCAUCCGCACUCCCAUUACUUCAAAAGUGGAGUCAUAGGCAGUGGAAUGGCCACGUUCUCCAGACAUAGAAUCCAUGACGCAUUUCUCUACCGCUAUUCAUUAAACGGCUACCCAUACAUGGCCCACCAUGGAGACUGGUUUGGAGGCAAAGCUGUGGGGAUGGUCAUAUUAAACAUAGGCAGACUGGCAGCACACGUCUACGUCACACAUCUGCAUGCAGAGUACUGCAGGGAGAAAGACUCCUACUUACCUCAUAGAGUGGUACAGGCCUGGGAGCUGCAGCAGUUUAUUCGUCAUACCUCCAGUGGAGCAGAUCUGGUGAUUUUGGCCGGAGAUCUGAACCUGCAUCCCCAGGACCUUGGCAACCGGUUGCUACGGACAUACACUGGCCUCCGGGACAGUUACACAGAGACUGCCAAGUUUGAUGGCUGUGAGGACGGCAUCACUCUUAUAGCAGAUAACCCUUUCAUCAAUCCCAAAGAGCUCUGCCCCUUCAAGAAGGGCAUCAGAAUAGAUUACAUCCUCUACAAGGGGUCAGGAAGAGUGUCCAUCCAGUGUGAGUCUCUGUCAACCACCAAGGGUUCUGUCCCUGACCAUCCCUUCCCUUACUCUGACCACGAGGCCCUUAGUGCAGAGCUGCAGCUGCAGACUCUGACCCAACAGGCAGGAGGAGACGAGACCAGAGGUAAGCUGGCUGAGCUGGUGGACAUUGUGACGGAAGCCCGUACUGAGGUGAAGGUGGGCCUGUACUGUGCCGAGAGGAUGCGCUACACGGCAGCUCGUACCGGGGUGAUGGGCAUGGCCCUGCUGCUGUUGGAGCUGGCCAUUGCUGCUGUUCCCUGGCUGGCCCUGAGAGCUGACCAGCCCUUCCCCCGGGCCUCCUUUUACCUAUUGGGGGUGCUGUGCUUUGCCAUCCUGAUCACCACCUUCCUGCUCUACAUCUUCUACACCAUGGAGUUGAAGGCUCUACAGGGGGCAGAGGACCAGAUGAGGCUGGCUGUGGGGAGCCUCCAGGAAAGGCUGAGGGGAUUCCCCCUUGCCCAGCCUCUGAACCGCCUCUGUAGGCCACUGGACGGACAGGACCCCUGCCCUCUGGAGCCAGAGGAAUAGAGGCAGGAGGAGGGUGGGGGUAUAAAAUGAACUGUGAGGAACUGAUCUUAAAGAUGGAAUCUGCUGUAGGGGAAAUAAUGCCCCAUGGCUAUUUUUGUUGAUGAAGCAGCGGUGGGGAGCGUCGAGGAUUAAGAUCAAAUAAAUGACAGUACAUAUGCAGCUGUUCUAUCGCGUGGUGAAUGAUGUCCGAUGGGGGAAAAGUGUUUGCAGUUACUUAUAUGCUGUUGUAAUAUUGCAAACGGACGUGGCAGUUUCACCUUUAAGGAUACUAGCUUUAAAAAGGUCCAGGGACUGUCUGCAUCGACUGAAUGUACUUUAUGCUAUUGAGGAUUCACUGCAGUAGAAGCAUGCAGCAUAAGGUUUGACUUAAUGACUUGAACCAGAAGAAAAGGACAUUUCUUGAAGUGGUUUUGCUCAUGUGCUUAGCUGCUAUGUUUUGUUUAGUUUUAACUUUGUCCAUCUGUAAAUUCCACUCGGCAAUCUUUGGAUUGUUUACUUACUCAUCUUUAUUCUCGAACAAUGACAGCUUCUCGUGACAAUUGGCCAUGAGACAAUCAGGUGAUAAACACAUUCUUAACGUACAUCUUUCCUAUAGUCCAGACUUGAGGAUUGCAUUGGCACUAGGAGGUUCCUCAGGUCUGGCUUGCAUUCCACCACUCAGGGUCUUGGUGGGACCAAUUCUUUCCUCUGUUUCAUGACUUCCUUUUACAGUGUAUAGCAGCUUAGAGCCUCUUUAGCACAACUCGGGGACGAUGUAUGACGUCUGCUUUUAGUUGGAGCCAUGUUUUGUUCAGUUAUUGUGAAUGUUACACUAAGUUCCAAAUUGAUCCCCCUAGCCCUUACACCCUAGGCACUCCUGGAGAUCUGAAAGGCUUGGAUAGGUGGAUGCAUUGCUGUCGUAGCUUGCUUUGUCUACUGAUUGGAUGGGUGGAACUAUUACCAUAUUGCUUCCACCUAUCCAAAUCCUCUCCGAUCAGCAGGAGUGUCUAAGGAGUAGAGUUUUUCAGGGUCCAUUUGGAAUUCAGCAUCCGAGUGCCCUGUAGGACAAGAGCUCCUGUGACAUGGCCAGUUUCAAAUGGACUGUGGGGCGACGAAGCACAGUUCUCCCUCUUGAGCUGUACAUUAGGCUUUUAUUUCGUAGACGUGUUGGGAGGAGAUGAUCAGAUCUCUUGAGCGGUAGCUGCACUGUCCCAAAGAGAGAGAUUUGAACGCAUUCGCAUGUCUUGUGUAGUGUUUUUAGAAACUGUUGAUUUUAAUCAUAGUCAUUUGCUCGAAUGAUUUUUAUUUAUGACGUUAACAAAUAAUUUUGGUAACCAAUCAAGGCACACUUGUAAAGAGUCACUUAGAGUUGAGAAGAUCAAGUUGUUUGGGUACCUGCACUUGAUUAGCAAGAAAGCUUUUAAUGUACCUACCUUGUAAUUGAAUGUACUGUAAAACGAAGGCCAGUGCAACCAUUGCUGCAUAUGCAGAGAUUGUCAAUUUAAAAGCACAGAACUGUAACCCUGUCCUGCUUCUUUCAGGGGUUCAGUUUAGUGCAAUUAAUGAUGGGAAAAGACUGAAUCAUUUGUUUUUUUUAUAUUACACAUAGAUACAUUCAAUUAUCAUCACAAAUGUGGGCUAGUUAAAUGUAUCUUGUCACUCCUUUGAAUCAUCUUGGUUAAAAUGGAACUCCAGCUAAUAUUGUGUAGUUACUAACAAUCCAUGGUAACAUUUCAGACAGUAUUCAAUCCACUUGAUUAUAUGGAUUGUUAUUGACAAUUUGAAGGACAUGAUUGUAAAGGAAAUAAUAAAUAGUCUAUACUAAUAUUUGGAUGUAUGCUAA